UUCACAAAGAUGUUACAGAUUACAUUACCAAACAGAUAGAGAGUGCAAAUUAUUUGAGUUUCACAACUGAUAUAUGGAGCUGUGAUCACCGUCCUUUGUCUUUAUUAAGUUUAACUGCACAUUGGAUUGGGCCGGAUUUCACCCCAAAGAGAGCUGUUUUACAUGCGCGCGAGUUUAGAGGCUCACACACAGCGAAUGCCAUCACAGACGCAAUGGAACAUAUGCUACGUGCUUGGAAGAUUGACAAAAAGAAGGUCCAUGUAAUUCAAAGAGAUAACGCGGCCAAUAUGAAAAAGGCAAUGGAACAGCUUGGAGUGCCCAGCCUGGGAUGUUUUGCGCACACCUUACAACUCGUUGUCCAACACGGUCUAUUGGCACAGCGAGCUGUAAGCGAUGCCAUCGCCAAUGGGAGAAGAAUUGUGACCCACUUCAAACACUCCCCCAAGGCCUACGCGGAACUCGAGGAUGUUGAAGAAGAGUUGAAUGUUGAACCGAAGCGUUUGCAACAGGACGUUAAAACCAGAUGGAGCAGUACGAAGAUGAUGAUCGACAGCCUUGUGCAUUGUAAGCGGGCGCUGCAGGCCUAUGUAUCGGAUAGCGACAGCAAUUUGCCAGUCACAUUAACAGGCAACCAAUGGUCGCUGCUAGAGAAAACGGCGACAGUUCUUAAACCCUUUCAAGAGCUGACAGCCCAGGUCAGUGCAGCCUCCGCCACAGCAGCUGAUGUUAUCCCAUUUGUCCGUGUCCUGACACGCUUUCUGGACAGUGAGAGCGAAGAACACCGAGGGAUUCAAACCAUGAAGGCCACAUUACUCGAUGCGGUUCACACACGUUUUGACCAUGUGGAAACGGAACCCCUCUAUGCCGUGGCAACAAUGCUAGAUCCACGCUACAAAGACAAGUUCCUCACUGCUACCAACCUGGAUCAGGCAAAGGAGGCACUAAAGGUAGAGGUGAUGAAAAUGGAACAAGAACUGAAGACCAUGCCCUCUGGGGAAGGUGUGGCUGAGGCUGAGACAGCAAGGCAAACACCAGAAAUGGAGGCUGGAAGCUCAACCAGCAGCCUGGGCAGCUACUUUGACGAGAUACUGGAGGAGAGCGGCACAGCAGGUCCGUCUGAGCAGCAGAUCACCCCAGGGGCACUGUUUCAGUUGGAGAGCUACCUCAGUGAGCCUCCACUUGGGCGUAAGCACAAUCCUUUUCAAUACUGGAGAGACAAUCAGGCUCGACUACCCACCCUGGCAGCAACAGCAGCCACGUUUCUCAGUGCUCCUUGCACCAGCGUUGAGAGCGAGAGGCUUUUUAGCGCAGUCUCACUCAUCAUUGAUGAACACAGGAGCAGGCUGACACCUGAGCAUCUUGAAAUGCUCGUCUUUGUAAAAAAGAAUCUCCCCAUCAUGCUCGGACUGCAGCCAGGGCAUACAGUUGAAGGGAGUGUGUAG